UCUGUCAACAUCCCCUGCCCCGACGCGGGGGGGUGGCUCUGGCCGCCGAUUGGCCCGGCCGCCUCCUUACGUCCCGCCCCGCGCCCGUGCACCGCUCGCCAUUGGCUGCGAGGGCUGCCCGUCCGCUGUGUGUCAAAUGUAGGUUGAGCGAGUGCUUAAAACCGGGGGCUCGGGAGUCCCCGCGCGUGAACUCGGCGCGGGGGGCUCGGGACGGGCAGCCAUGGAAUUGAACUCCCUGUUAAUCCUCCUGGAAGCGGCCGAGUACUUGGAGCGAAGAGACCGAGCGUUCCUGCAAAGGAGGAAAAAAUUGCAUGGAAAAAAUAUAUUGCCACUAAUGCUGACUUUGUCCCUAGAAGCAGAACAUGGCUAUGCAUCAGUGUUACCCUUCGAUAGUGACUAUUCCAGAAAGAAAACAAAGGCAGGCACCAUGGCCAGAAAAUCCCAGAAUAACAGGUCAUCACACAACGAACUAGAAAAACAUAGUGCACAGAGCAGCUCACCUGAUGAUGCACUCCCAACAAAUGUGUCUUCCUACUUCCACUGCUGGUUUGGAAAGGAGGAGUGUAUUAAGCAGACAAAGCUUGAAAAUCAGUCUGCUCAGGAAGUUAUAUUACAGGUAUCAGAGAUGUACACAUACUCAUGCUUUGGACAAAGCUGCUAUUUUGCAAUGAAAGAUGGGACUAAAAUACAGUUUGGACUCAAUUAUUAUGUCCUUUUUCUUGCUGAAGUCAGCUUUGGACUGUGGAGUGUGAGUGGAGUCCUGGGUCUGAGCUCCAGAAAGCUCUGUGCUUCCUGGCCAGCCAAGCAGCCAGCAGGGAGCAGAUGGGUGAGAAACCAAGUGCAUGCAUUUUUUUUCCACUUGAAUUUGUUCAUCCUUCUCUUCAAACAUAAGUCCAUUGUGUGUCAGCCUCUAAUGGAGUAUGUAGAAGGUGGUUUAUGUUUUCAGCAUAUGCUAAUUGACCUGGCUAGUUCUCAUCCAGCAUGGUAGAGAGUGGGCUGGACUUGUAUAAAGUAGAGAUGGAUGGGCCAGACUUUCUGAUACUUUCAGGACAGUUAGGUGCUGAUUCCCUGCAUACAGGGGAAGAGAGGCCUGAUGGUGACUGCUCUCCUGAUUGGAGGAGAAAAAAAUAAGUAGAAUUAGGUAUUUUGAAAAAGAGAGGGUUUUAAGCUUGCCUAGCUACAUCUGGACAAGUGAGCUGGAAUUUGAUUUUUGUUUUUUUUAAAGGUAUUUAGGCAGCUAAUGGACUUUAAGAAGCUGGCCUCUGAAAUGAGUCUUACAUAAUGCGAUGGGAAUCCUUGGCUGAAUCCCAGCCAGUCAGGUCUGUGGAAGCCCACAGACCAAUACACAGAAGUGGUACCUGCUGUGGUUUGAAGAAGCAGCAAAUGUGCCUGAAAGUCAGCAGUGCAGCCCCAGCUCUUUAAGGCAAGGUUGGCUCUGCACUCAGGAUUCACACCAGAUCUGCAGGAGGUUGGCUUCCUUUCUCCCAAGUAUGUCACGAGCAUUCACAUCCCAGUGUCCCUGCUUGGAGUAGACAAAAAGGAACCAAUCUCAGCUGGAGGAGGUGGCCGUGUUCUGUAAGUUGCUUGUCCUGUCCCUUCCUCUCCCUGCCUCCAUGCUCUAUUGGCAUCUGUAGCUCUAUUUUUAGCACUCCUUUCCCUGGAGUGACUACCCCACUUGGGUAUUGGAUAUACCGUGGCUGGGUCCCAAAUUCAAAAUGUCUCCUUCUGAAUGGAACGGUGUGUACUUCCCUGGUGUAGCUCAUGCUCCUUUUCUCUCGUGGUCUCUGUCAGCAGACACUUGUGCUUAGAUUUACUGCACAGAAUUCCUUUGCAGGUCAAGUAGUUUUUAAUCUGUGUUUUUUUCCCUUGGUACAUUGGCAGACUGUGGGCCCAACUCUGCCUCAUGCCCAGGGAAUUUCAGUAGGAGCUGUGCCUGCCUGCAGGCUGAACCCUGCAUCACAUCCAGGCAGCUGCAGAGGAUGCAGAAAAGGUUCCAGAAACUGUACUGAGCAUGAGCAUUUAGGCAGCAGAUCAUAAAUGUGAAAAAGCAUAAGGCUGUUCCUUCACAGAAGUUUAAUUUGGGCCUUUUCUAGAAAAACAAAACAAAAACCAGCUCCCCCCCAUCCCCUUCCUUGUGCAUGGGAUCCAGUUAAAAACUGUCUCCUCUUGUCCUAAAGAACUGUGCACUCCCCAAGAAUGAAUAAGAUAUUCCUUCUACCCACCCCUCCCUAUGCUUGGAAGGAGAGAGUUGUUUUGUGACUUUGAUAGAGUGCUGUCUUUUGAGAUGGAAAUACAUAUGCUGAGCUAUGUACUCAUCCUUCUAGGUUAGAGCAGAGUGACAGGACUUGUCAAAGGAUGUCAAUUGGCUAAUAUUAUUGUUUAAUGCUAGUUUAUGUUACACAAGCUUUUUUCUACACAAAUUAGUGUGACUAAUUUUGUAGCGCGUGGAGAUUGGCACAGCCGACACAGCAGAGGUGUGGGCUUGGAUGUAUGUACAUGAGGUCAUGUUGCAAUGCUUCUGACUUGAAAAACUAAUAACUCUGCUUGCAGGCUACAUGCCCUACAUGAAGAAAGCCUUUAUUAGGUUCUACCUUAUUGCAACAAAGCAGAUUUGUGUAACAGUCAAAGACGACAUCUGAAGGUGGUAAAACGCCUGUAAAAGGCUGGAGUAGUAGUGGUGAGUCCUCUUCUCCCAGCUGCCUCCUUGGGAUUGAUGCCUAACAGAUUUAUCUGCUUUUCUUUCCUUGAUGGUUCAAUUUGGGUAACUAAAUGAAGAUGCAAGGUGCUAAAUAAGGGGCCUGCCUGGCAUGUAAUUGCUGCCAGGACUCAGCAGCUCCUAUUGAAGUUAGGAAUACCAGCAGUGUUUGCAAAUACCAGCUGCACAGACACUCUGUGUCUUACAUAGCACAUUAGCUGGUAUUUACAAAACAUAAAGGUAGCAAACCCUGUAAUUCCCCAAGAAAGCUGACUUAAUCCCGAUUGGUAAGUGCUGUUGUGUUGACUGCUGCAAUGAACAACAUGGGUGGAGCAAAUAAUUUCUGCUAGGGAAAUUUGGGAGCUUGUUGUGUAUGUUUGCUAGAAGCAGUUAUUGGGUGUAGGUGCUAAGAGGUGUUUUAAAUAGACUGUUGCGUGUCUUGGUUCCCACUGCCUGACUUUACAUACUCACAUGGCAAGUGAGUCCAAACUUCUGGUGCUUCCUUCCAUUGCCAGAUAACCUCAGGACACUGCACUUAAGAAAUCUGAGCUGAAUUUUUCAGGGAAAAAAGAAGGGGGGAGGGAGGGAAAGUUUUGAAAGGUGUUCCAUACCUUAUCAUCCCCAGAUGGAUCAUUCUCAGAUUCUGCUCAACUGCACCUUAUCUGCCUCAGAGACAACUAGUUUUGUACUGUUCAAUGAAAAGGGAAGUAGGUUGGAAAUUAAAUUCUGAACGAGGCACUACUGGUGUUGUGGCAAGCUAUAUCUAAACUUGGAGGCAGGACUGUCAGAUAUCUGCAAGUCUCCACUGUCCCUUGAUGCCAGAUUUUUUUCUUCUUUUAGUUGGGGGGGGGGGGGGG